AUGCCCCAGGCGCUCUGGAUCAGUCACGAAGGAUCCAGCACGUGGGUGAAUAUCGACAACAGCAAGAGGACAAUCCAGUGGUUCAGGUUUACCAAGGCGUUCAGAGACAAGAAGGGAACUGGCAGCUUCACCGAUUACCAGAUUUACAGGCUGCUGAGCACCAAAGUGCCGGAGGAAAAGCUGGCGCUCGUCUUCGAGUCGCUCAAGCAAAUCCCCGACUUGAAGAGUCUCGCGGAAACAAUGCAGAACUAUCAGAUCCGGCUGUGGGUCAGUAGCCGAGAAGACCCAUCCAGCAUCAGAACACUGCUCGGCGUGCCGCACAGUUCGAUCAUGACAGCAGAGCGUGGCCCAAGGGACGACAUCAUCGAUGCAUUUACCAAGAUCUAUAGUGGCGGAAGCUAA